UCACCGGCCCAAAAUCCAUAAUCAAAUCACACCGAUUGUUCGAGAUCAUCCCCGUGACGACCAGUCGACCACAACAGACCAAAAGAUUCAAUCACACAAAAUACACACCGUAAAGAAGAAGAAGAAGAUGAAGGUGAUUCACAUCCCUUGCCUGGAAGACAACUACUCUUAUCUAGUUUUUGAUGAGAAAACAAAACAAGGAGCAGUAGUGGAUCCUGUCGAGCCCGAAAAGGUUCUUUCAGUCGCUAAACAACAUGGCGUUGAUCUUAAGCUUGUUCUUACCACUCAUCACCACUGGGAUCAUGCGGGGGGGAAUGAGAAGAUAAAAGAGUUGGUGCCAGGUAUUAAAGUUUAUGGUGGCUCUGUUGAUAAUGUAAAGGGGUGUACUAAUAAGGUUGAAAAUGGCGAUAAGUUGACGCUUGGGGAUGAUAUAAAUAUACUCUCUCUCCACACACCAUGCCAUACUAAAGGACACAUAAGUUACUAUUUGACCGCGAAAGAAGACGAGGACCCUGCUGUGUUCACAGGCGACACACUGUUUGUUGCUGGUUGUGGCAAGUUUUUUGAGGGCACAGCAGAGCAGAUGCAUGAGUCAUUAUGUGUGACUUUGGCUUCUUUGCCAAAACAUACUCGAGUGUACUGUGGCCAUGAGUAUACAGUGAAAAAUUUGCAGUUUGCUCAAACGGUUGAACCAGAGAAUGCCAAUAUAUCUCAAAAGCUAUCAUGGGCUCAGCAUCAGAGGCAAUCUGGGCUUCCUACUAUUCCAUCCACCAUUGAUGAUGAAUUAAAAAUUAAUCCGUUUAUGCGAGCUGAUCUACCAGAAGUUCAGGCAAAGGUUGGAUGCAAGUCCCCUGUCGAAGCAAUGCGGGAGAUAAGGCAGCGUAAGGAUAAUUGGAGAGGGUAAUCACCAAACAGUCUUCUCUUUAGUAUUCUGUCACAUAUAUUUCCUUUGUAUCUUCUAUGUAACCCCGCGUGUAAUAAUGUAUGCCAUCAAAACUUCAAAAGGCCUAUCCUGUUUACUUGUAAUUUUGUGAUGUUCAAUAUGUCAUAAAUUUUCCUAUUCACGGUCUAUCUUUCAAAA